CAGCAUCUUCCAUCUCAAUCGCGUAUACGCUUGGGACUUUCUGGUAUGUCGGACAAGCUAGUGGUAUCGUUCAGAGCUUUGCAGCUCGCGAAUGAGCAGCGCAGUGCGUACGGACUCAGGUAUAAUGAUUUCCAAAGAUACAGGAAACACUGCGCGAACAGGACGCAUCGUCUCCGCUCCUCCCUCAAGAUGACCCAUGGCAAGGGCCGCGAAUUCAAGAAACUACCCCCUCUAACUCUGGAUAACAUCAAAGACGGACACCUGCAGCUCCUUCUCUUCGAAGCCGAGCGCGCAUGGGCCUACUCACAAGAACUCCUGGCGGACUCAAGCAAGCCCGAGAACAGCGCGCACGCUGCAACUCUUCGACACAGUGCAACAGGCCGCUUCCGGCGCGCGGUGCACUGGUCCACCGAGCUCCUCUCCCACUGUCAGACUCUCCACUCUGCCCAGCGUCUGUCCGCCUCCGCUCUGCUCGAGGCGUCCGUCUACACCCUCAUCCUGAACGGCCGCUUCCUGAGGCAUCGGGACGAGUUUGAGGACGCGCUUGUCCAGCUGAGUGUCGCACGGAACCUGUUGGACGAGCUGGCCAGCCGGGCGGCGACGAGCCGCGACCAGGCACUCGCAACGGUAUUUGCGGACGAGAUUAGUCCGGAGAUUAGGUAUUGUGCGCACGAGAUGGGGCGGUCGGGGUCUUACGACGUCGACGCGAUCGUCAUGGAGCUGGGCCCGAAGCACCGCGCGGAGCUCGUAGAGGAUUGUGAGAGUCUCGUCGCACAGCUGGAGAGCGAGGCAGAAGUGGCAGGGAAAGGCCAGGCGCGGAGACAGCUGCGCGAGAUUGUCUGGGAAGGCGAGCCAGUCCCGAUACGAAGCCCUGAGCUGGUGGACGUCCUGCUCAGAGUGCAGGAGGCCGAAGCGAAGUUGCGCGAGAGCCAAUCAGAGAAUACUCAGCCCGUAAAGAGGGAGAAGGCCGAAAAGGGGAAGCGUAGGAAAGUAGGGAAGGGGGGAAGGUCGAGGAGGGGCGUCGCGGCGUAUGAUGUGAUCCUCCUUGCCCUGAGUGACGCUGAGGAAGUGGCAAGGAAGCUUGUCGAAGCGCAACAGUUAAGCGGCACUGGUACUUCCGCCGCUGUUGCUGGGACCCGCGAUAUCCACUUCGUACAUGCUUAUAUCGUCUACCAACUGCUCUCCCGCCGUAUUCAGCGUGAUUUGUUGCUCAUCUCUGCGCUAUUGUCUUCUCAAAAUCACCCUCAACAUGGCGCGCAGCGGAAGACAGUUCCUGCAUCCUCGAAGUCAAAGAACGAACAGGUCGAUGCUCGGCUGUAUCCGGCCGUAGUUAAAGUGCUGGAUACCGUGCUGCAGAGCUUGGAGCAGAUGAGAACAUUGAGUAUUGUGGACGAGAGUCCCGACCUGGCCACUGCUGUCGAAGCACGUAUUCUAUUUACUAAAGCCAGAAGGUGUCUCUUCCUGUCGCGCUCUUAUGCAGCUGUGAAGAAAUACGCCGAGUCUCUUGCGCUCAUCCGGCAUGCCCAAAUCCACCUCCGCGAGGCACGCUCGCUCAUGUCCACCGCCGGGUCAGACCCCAUCUCCUCCGGCUCCCCGGACUUCUCCCCCCUCUCAGCUGAGGCAGUCAACAAGCUCGACACUGAACUGGCCUCGGACGGCCUGAAGUUCAAGAAGGCGUGGUUCGCGUUCAACGGGGGCCAGAUCGAUCCCGACAGCAGCAAGACAUACAAGAAGCCACUGUUCUUUGACAUCGCGCUGAAUUAUGUGCAGCUCGAUAUGGACAGACUGCAGGCACGGGCGGGGAAACAGCCUGCCGCACCCGCUGCGAAGGCUGUGCCUUCUGCCGUUCCUGAGAAGAAGGCUCCUGCCAGGGCAAAGGUGGAGGAAAUCGAGCGUGCGGCCACUCCAGAACCGCAAGCAGCUCCUAGUAGAGGUGGAUUGAGUAGUUUGCUAGGUGGCUGGUGGGGUCGGUCGUAAAUAGUCGUAGACAUGGUGUUCCUCAAGUUCAAAGAUCGAAAACGUUUAUCAUCCUGGAAGGAUAUCAGUGGAGCCUGUUUUCAGUCUCCCGUUUCGAAGACAUGGAUUAAACCACUUCAAAUCUACCUUCGAGCCCCACAGGAGACUUCAAAUUACAUGAGAUGAAUAAACUAAUAAGAAUAGGUAGAUGUCAUAUAUUACACGAGAGAUCCGACAAUGAACGUCAUUCCCGCCCUCACGAUUCAAUAAACUGUAUAGCCAGUGCUUCAGAGAAGGCAGACUUCCCUUUGACUUCUUUAGCUUCAGGUUUACUGAUGAGACUGAUGCCUCGACCGAGCUUCCUAACUGCGUCCCAAAACUCUGGAUUGCCGGGAUAUUCCAGGCAGGCGUCUUUGAGCUCCUGGAUAAAGUCGUUCCACACGUCUAUCUCGUCCUCCUUCAAGCAUACUUCCCUGAGCUCCUGCAUGCACUGUAACAGCUCCUCCGUUCUCCUUGACGCGAAUGGCUUGAGCACGAUGUCCUUAAUCACGUAUGCCAGGUCCCCGACGGCUUUCGACACCAGGUCUCCCUUAACGAGGUUCUUCCUGAAAUCCUCUAAUGGACGAGUCCUCCCAACAAUCCUGCCUUCGUCCCUGCCCAUGUCAUGUUCGGGUGACUCAGGAGCGGGGGUGGGUAUGUUAUGAUUUUUCUGUGGUUUAUUGGGCGUCUUCUUUCCGUCGAGCAACAUCUCUUCGUCUUCAUCCUCUGUUUCCGAUUCAGCGGCAACUUCUGGAGCUGUCUUAGCUGGAAUCAACUGAGAAGAGCCGGAUGCUUGCAGUUGCGAUUGGGAGGCAAUCGAUUGCGUGCGACGUGGGAUCUUCUCCAGCAGUAACAUAUCCUGGUCUUCAUCGGCUGCACGGACAUGCCCGUCCUUGCGCUGCUUGAAGACUCUUUUAGGCACUUCCUUAACAUUGAAGAGAUUCUUGC